AUGGUGGUAUACCUCCCCGACAAGGAUUAUGACUUUCCCAACAUUGACUUGUUGACACUUAUUUUCGGUAUGUUUUCGAAUAUUUCGUAUGCGACUUUGUGGUUGACCCAAGUCAUGGCAGACUCGCCUAUCCCCGAAAGCACAGAGAGUACAAUUCUCCAUGCAGAAGCGGCGGACCCCUCGAAUGCCACUACAAAAGCCCAGACACGUCUUCUUACCCGCCAAAUUGCAUAUACCUUGCGCCACCACUUUGGCGUUGGAAGCCAGGGCGCUGGGACGGACGUUGUUGUUGGAGUCUCCGGUGGUCAGGUAUUACUCCCGUCCGUCUUCUAUGGUGUUGUAGCUGCCGGCGGUGUUUGGAGUGCGGCUUCUUCAACUGCUACACCACCUGAGUUAGAGCGACAGAUCCGCCAGGGAAGUAGUCGGUUGAUUAUCUCAGGGCCGGAGUCCAAGGAUGUGGUGUUGAAGGCCGCUGAGGCUGCUGGUGUCCCACAAAACCGUGUGCUUAUUCUGCGAAGUAUGGGUCAUGAGCGCGUGCUCCAGAAUGCUGCCACGGGACAAAACUAUCUUGACGGCUUGAGGCCGUCAGAGGUCUUGGACUGGGAACGCAUCACGGAUCCCAAAAAGUUGGAAGACUCUCUCAUCUGCCUGUUGUAUAGUAGCGGAACUACCGGAGCGCCGAAAGGUGUCAAUAUUUCGCAUCUCAAUAUGGUCACUGAGGCUUUGAUUCCUAUCUAUUUCGACAAUGAGUAUAUUGCACAACGGCGUCAAACAGAACCCAAGUAUGAGCAUCCGUAUCGCACGCUGGCUCAUCUUCCCACUGCUCAUGUUGCCGGAUGUCAAGGAUAUUUCGUUAACCCUGCCGCCUGCGGGGGCACAGUUUUCUGGAUGGAGAAGUUCGAUUUCCCCAAGUUCCUUCAAUACAACAAGCAACUGGAGAUUACAUUCUUUUUCACUGUGCCCCCCAUCUAUUUGCUGAUAACUCUCAGCCCAGCCGUCACAGACCAGUUCAAGACCCUGCGUCGCGCUUAUUCCGGUGCUGCUCCCAUGGGUGCGGACCUGCAAACAAAGGCGCAGAAGAAACUUGGGUGUCUGAUUAACCAGACCUGGGGCUUGAGCGAGACAACUGGCAGCACCACCGGUAUGCCUUGGGAGACAGAAGACCUCACCGGCAGCGUCAGCCGUCUCCUCCCAAACAUGCGCCUGCGGAUUGUCGACGAAGAGGGCAAGGACGUUGAGGAGGGUAAGGAGGGAGAGUUCCUUGUCAAGGGACCUGUAGUGACCAAGGGCUACUAUGGGAACUCACAGGCCACUAAGGAGGCCUUCACUGAAGAUGGCUGGUUCAAGUCAGGGGAUAUUGGUGUGCGUCGAGAGGGGCUGUUCUACAUAGUUGAUCGGAAAAAGGUACUUUCCCACUUUGUCCCCUAUGACGAACUUGGGAGCUCAUACUGA